GGGCCCCGCCCCCCAGGAGCCGGGCCCGGAAGGGAAAAUGGCGGCGGCCGCGGCGGCGGCGGCGGCGGAUGAAGCAGAGAAGGCGCGGGGCCGGCAGGCCGCCCUGUGCUUCGCGGCCAUCGCCGUGGCGCUGGGGCUGCCGCUGUGGUGGAGGACGACGGAGACGUACCGAGCCGCGCUGCCCUACGGCGACAUCGCCGCGCUGGGCGAGCUGCCGUUCCAGCUGGCUGUGCCCGUCACCGUGGUCUUCGCCGCCGGGUCGCUGCCCGGGGACCUGCCGAGGCCGCUGCCCUUCCGGGAGAUGCGGGAGAAGGAGACGGUCCUGAACCCAAGAACCCGCAUCACGUCAUGCUAUGAGGUGGUCUUUCGGAGCGCCGCGGCUCAGGAGGAGGCAGCCCUGAACGCGGUUACUGUGCAAGAGGCUGAUGCUGCUCUGCACCAACUACAGGCUGCCUCACUGGGCUCUCUGACUCUAUACGUGAUCCCUGAAACCUCCUUGCUCCUCCCUCAGGGUGUUGGCGUGUAUGUGGGGAAGCACCGCAGUGCCCUGGUGAGGGCCAGGGAGGGCCUGGCCGCCCUCCACGCUCGCCUCCAGCAGGUCAUACAGGUCAUGUCCUUCACAACCAGCUCCAUCACUGCUGCUCUCUCGGACCGCCUGCCUGCCAGCCAGCUCAGCCCUGAUGCCCGUCGGCACUUCAAAUCCAGUCUGGGGUACGAGAUCACCUUCAGUCUGCUGAACCCUGACCCCAAGUCUCACGCUGUGCACUGGGACAUCGAGGGUGCCGUGAGCCGUUACGUGCAGCCCUUCCUGGACAAACUGAGCUUCGUGGCCAACUUCUCUGUCGAUUCUCAGAUCCUGUACUAUGCUGUCCUCGGGGUGACACCGCGCUUUGACAAGCAGUCCUCCAGCUUCCUCUUGAGUGCACACAGCCUCCCACACGUCAUCAACCCUGUGGAGGCCAGGCUGGGCUCCAGUGCUGCCUCACUUUACCCCGUGCUGAACUUCCUGCUGUACGUGCCAGAGCGCUCCCACUCCCCUCUCUACAUCCAGGACAAGGAUGGAGCCCUGGUGGGCACUAAUGCCUUCCACAGCCCCCGCUGGGGUGGCAUCAUGGUGUACAAUGUAGAAGGCCCUGCUUCUCCUCCGGCCUCGCUCCCGCUGCGUGUGGAUGUGGACAUGGUGCAAGUGAUGGAGGUUUUCCUGGCCCAGCUCCGGUUACUGUUUGGGGUAUCUCGGGAGGUGCUGCCCCCAGAAUUCCUGCUGGAGAGCCCAGGGAAUGAGGGACUGGCUGACUGGGAGCUGGACCGCUUGCUCUGGGCUCGCACUGUGGAGAACAUUGCCACAGUAUCUACCACCUUGACCUCUCUGGCCCAGCUGCUGGACAAAAUUGGGAACAUUGUCAUCAAAGAUGAUGUUGCCUCUGAGGUAUACCGAGCGGUGGCUGCAGUGCAGAGUGCCAUGGCAGAGCUGGCCGUGGGCCACCUCGACUCAGCCUUCCAGGCCAGCAAGGAGGCUGUCACCUCCUCAGAGCGAGCCUUCUUUGACCCAUCACUCCUCCAUCUCCUCUACUUUCCUGAUGACCAGAAAUUUGCCAUCUAUAUCCCACUCUUCCUGCCCAUGGCUGUGCCUAUCCUGCUGUCCCUGGUCAAGAUCUUCCGGGAGGCCAAGCAGCGCAAGAAGGAGCCCACCAAGACAGACUGAGCCCAUCCUCACAGUGCCCUACUUUGGGGCUGGGGCUGCCCCAGCCGCAUGAAGGACGCUGUCAUGGACCAGCAGUGCAGGUGUAUGUGGCAGAACACUGACAGAGCCAGAUGUUGGCCUGGCAGCUCAGCUUGGGUCUGCUGUUGUGGCUGAGAUGCAGGAGGAGAGGCUGCUUUGAGGAGUGGGAGAUGCUCUUGGGGUCCAGCACCCUCCAGUGGGGCAUGCUGUUUGCACCCCAGACUGAGAUGGAUGGGUGGAGGAAGGGGCUUCCUGCAUGUGCUCCUGGCCCUGUGCUGCCUUUGCAGCAAGCUGCUGCCCAAUAAAGAACAACACUGGUUUG